AUGAAGAGAGUGGCUGUAAGAAUAGCUAAUAAACUUGCCGAAAAUCUUGGACUGGUCAAGUCGGCCAGUUUGGCCCUCAAGAUUCACGAGGACACACUAUCAUUUGCGCACUCGUUAUGCUCAAAGAAAUACAAGAGAUUGGAUACACAAUGCAAGUUGAUAAAAAGUGUCCAGGAGGGUCUUCCAAGCGUGCAAAAUGUAUGCAUUUUGUCUUUGAAGGUGUUACAAGGAAAGAUAAAGCUUGCAGAGCUGCAGAAGAACACAAUCAACGUUCUUGAGGUGAGUUUUGCAUCUUUAUAUUCCGAGUGUAAUGGGAAUGCAUGA